GCUUCAACUAGAGUUCUUACCGGGUAAGGUUGAAUCGUAUAGGCCAAUAAAUCAUAUUGCUGAUGUAAAUCAUAAUUCGUCGUCUUUUGCACCACAGACGCGUGGUGGAUAUCCUAUCUUGACUGGUUUUUUUUUAAACGUAGAAUUCGUAUCAAAGCAGCGCAUUUCAAGUGAACUUCUAAAGUUACGGUCUGUAACGAGAGUACAUAACUUAAUUCCUCAUCCGGAACCAGGUUGUACCCUCACCAUAACUUCAAGCGAAAGAACUGCAUUUGUUCUUCAACCAAUUCACCGUCCAUAUACCCUAUAUACGAUAUCUCCAAAAAACAACGUCGUGAAAAUGGGUUCCGUAAACGUAUCGGUCGAUAGUGGUUUCGUCGUUCGUUGGAGUUCUUUAGAUCCAGGUCUUUACUACGUCGAGAAUUUAGAAAUGUAG